AUGGUUGUUACAUGGGGGUUGGAAUUGGGUGAGGCAACAAAGAACAUCAAAUGGGUGGUUUGUGCAAUCCUGGAUGAUGAGUGGCUUGUUGGGUUGGAUUCCAUUUUGGAAUGGAUGAUCACAGGGGAAAAGUUUGAUGUGCAUGAGGGUAUUAAGGACCCAAUUGUAGCGAAGACACUUUUUAAAAAGCAGCAGCUCCUGUAUCGCAUUUCAUCCUUAUUUUUGGAGUGGGAGAAAGAGGAUGAAAUCCUCUCGGGAGACACCCCCGAUAACCAGAGAAAUUGCAUGGUAGGCUUAGAGCAGGGAAAGAGCAACACGAUGGAACAGUAUGAGACGAAUCAACUUGCCAUUGCUAUUCAUUCAGAGUCCUCAAUUUACAAGUUAAACGACAAUUCAUCAGGUCUGUGUAGCGAAAAUGAUUAUUCAGGGGUAUCCCAGCGUUCGAAAAACAAUGAGAGUUUGCAGGGAGUAAAGAUUGAGCUUAUGGAUACAGACCUAUUUUGGGCUCCAUCUGCAUUUUCCCAUCCCUCCAAGAACCUCUCUAAUAACCCCACCACCACUAACAAUGGAGGGCUUCAAUUGUCCAAAGUGAAUGAAGACCAUGAUAUUGAUCAACUAGAGGACAUGCGUGAUCGUGGACACUUGUUCUACAAGUUGGAUACUGACUCCCAUGAAUAUGAGGAACUUAAUUUCAAUUUUCACCGAAGGAAACCAAAAAAACAGUCCACUAGGGAUAAUGUUAACAAAAAAUCUGGAAAAGAUAACAAGAAACAAGGAGAAUCAAAACUUGAGCUGACAACAAAUAAAAGCAAACUUUUUGGUUUUAAGCAUGAACUAACUAACGAGGAAAACUUCAAUGCACAAAAUUCAUCCAAUCUGGUUCCCACUGACUUCUGGUCUUGUGAAGAACAAGCCCUGGAAAGAAAGAAGAAAUUGAUGUCCUUUAAGGAGAUCACUGAUGCAUACAUGCGACCUUUUUGCUUGGAUAUUUUCAUUUCCAAAAGCUCUGUCUGUGCAUGUAUUGUUCAUCGAGUUACUAGCAAAGUGGUUGUAGUGGCACAGUCAAUCUCCAAGGACAUGAAAAAUGAACUGCUAUCUACAAAGGACUUGACUGCAUGUGCAGCAGUGGGUGGACUUCUUGCUCAGCGUGCUCUUGCAGAUGAUAUUUAUACAGCAGUAUAUACACCAAGGAAAGGAGAAAAGAUUGAAGGGAAACUAAUGGUAGUCCUCCAGUCCCUGGUUGACCAUGGUCUUGAUAUCAAGGUGAGAUUAAAACAAAGAAGACAUAGAAACUGCACUUAUAUGGGGGCUAGUGAAAUGGUGCUUGACAGCUCAUAGAACUGUUUGCUACUAUAAACACUCACAUAAAUGAAUUUCAUGGAUAUUUGUAGUAGCUUGUUGUUACCCCUCUCAGAUAUGCUAGAGACAAUGUUUAAUUGCAUUAUUCUUACUUUAUUUAUAAAAGAAAUUCAUUACUGUUGUUUAAUCAAACAAACAAUAAACAGCAGUGUUGUUUAUAGUUUUGAUAACUCUAAUCAAAUAUUGGUCUUCAAUUAUUAGGCCAUUGACCAUGGCUUUGUUAUAA